AUGGCCGCUGUCGCCUGGGAGGACGACUCAAGGGUUCUGUAUACAUUAAACGCCCCAUUCUGGCGCCUUCUGUCUCCUUACAACCUGAGAUUUGACUCGGUAAUUGUAACUCAUAGACUGCACACAUUCACACCGCUUGACCAAAACAAGUCGUGGUAAACUAUCAUGAGGGGCUCUCUGGUCACUAGGAUCCUCAAUGACUUGUCAGAUCAUAACGUCGUCGGCAAAUAUCAUUUUACCGCAGACAAGCUCUUGAAGGCUGUCGUUAACAUAAGGAAUGAAAGGAAGGGGUCCGAGAACUGAGUCUUGAGGCACGCCACUAGUCAUGUACACCCAGCCUGACAUUUCAUCUUCGAUAUGGACAUGCUAUUUUUGACCAAUCAAAACAAUAUAAGUAAUAAUAAACUGUACUUUUAAGUUCCCCAUAGGGUGCUAUAAAAGCAAGCAAAAGUAAAUAUUCCAGUGAAUUUCAGAACGAGUAGAAAUACAGUAUUCAGUACAUACUUAGGAAAAACGGUUAGUGGGUUGUAAAAAAUUCUUUUUUUCAAAAAAAACAAGAUGAAUAUGGGUUGAUUAGCCUUUAAGGUGAAAAAUUGUCGUUAUUACAAAUGUAAAUAUGUGGGUCGGACAGGGUUGGCCUGCAUGUGGCAGUGUAUAAGAAAUUUGAAACGGACAUCAUCAAGGCAUAAUUCCUAAAGUGACUGAGACUAUCCUACUCAAAUUGACGAGACAAGAAGAACCCAGACGCGGUCGAUCACAGUCCGUUUAGAGUCCAUCCGAGGAUUGUGCAUUAAAGGCUGAGGCGGACAUCAAAUGGUAGGAGGGAAUGCGACCCUGACACCUCUUUGCCGGCCGACCAAAGAGGGCGAAAACGGUGGAUUCCGCCGAGAUCGUCAAUAGACAGCUUGGAUUCGAAUGAGGAGACGACAUCAGAAACCGCGAAAAUCAUCGAGCGGGAUGAGAGCACGGAAACUCAGAGGCCAGAGUGAAUUAUUACUGGGGGUCGGCGAUAUGUGAAACGGAAGCAGCUUGGAGCAUGCACGUCAAGUUAGCCCUUCGCCUGUCAUUUGCGAGAAUUUUUCAGGAGGCAUAUCGCGUUCUGUGAAAGAUACAAUGCAUAGACUGGAAAAAUCGAAGAAAGCGAAAUUCCUGAUGCGAGAACGUGGAAAGCGACACCUCACACAGAGAGGGAUUCGUGAGCGGAUACGGUAGUUUGGUGGCAGCGUCCUAGAUUUCCGAUGGCCCUUUCUCAAUGUCAUAACGAAAGUUGUCUGGGAAGGACGAGGAAAAGGAAAGUUUAAUUGAGUCAUUAUUCAGAUAAAUACGCGGCCUUCACCUAAAAGUAUGUGGACUAUCUGAUGAUCUUAUAUCUAUCAAAGAUUAUCCCAAAGGAAACUACACCCGAAAGCGGAAAAAGAGAGCGCCUACAGGUGAAGGAAGCGGAAGGAGGCAUAAUAAAGAAAGAAUUGAGAAAAUUCUAUGGUCGACUAACAGGGUAAAGUGCUGAUUCCGAGAAAGAUUUGAACUAUUAUCAACGCGAAAGAGGAGGCAGAAGACUACUUCUAGUCAUCGAAUCCACGGACAUUUAAGGUCACUUAACUGACGUCUGAGUGGGAAAUAUUUGGAGGCAACGUACGUAAGAGUUUUCCAGUAAAAUACCUUUCAAAAUUUCCAACUUUCGAAUGAUUAGCCUCGUUUAUCAAACCAAAGGAUGGACAAAAUCCUCAAGAAUGUGAAGUACAUGCAUUGGAUGGAGUCUUAAUUUAGUAUAAAGAAGAUAGAAAUUUUGAGUAAUAAGGCCACAAAUCUCUGCAGUUUUGGUCGUAAUUCUGUCAGCGUGUGGCGAGAGCUCUAGAUUAUAGGUGCAGCUCAAACCUAAGUCCCUGAUGAUGGCACAUUCAGUCAUAGGUGUGUCUUGAGUGACCAUUGGUUAGGGUAGUAUUCUAGGUCAAACACGCAUAUAGUGCCUUUAUCCAGUUCAGUGGAUCUACCGGACGUCAAGUGUGAUUGUACGGAACAAUGUCGACUUCUUUGCGGAAAUCCAUGUCCACGACAUCGCUCUCGAAGCCCUCUUCUAAGGCCCUGGUUCAGACUUCCAGACAAGUUGGCAGAUUUGAGAGGCAGGAACGUCCCCUGCAAAAGCCUGCGGAUAAUUCUGCUAGAUGUUGUUUUCUUUAAAAAAUUGCUAUAUAGCACUCUUCACCAGGACUUCCACCAUUUUGCAUGAUAGAAAAGGUAAGCUAAUAGGCAUGAAGCUGCUUGCUGCCAUCCUGCUACCACCCUUACAUCAGAGAACAAGGUUGGCUAUUCUCCAAUGAUCUCAGUGCGAAAAAAGGAAUCAAAAGCCAGCAUCGAGUCCUCUAACCCAUAAAAACUUUUUGCUCGCCAGUUAACCUUUAUCAGUAUACAAAAUACUUGAUCCAUCUCAAGUGAAAUGUCUCUAAGCGCAACUCUGAACACUCACUCCUACCAUGGCCAAAGGUAUUUAAUAGGACACGGAAGGCAUAUCGACAUUCGAGAACGUUGAGGGCAAAAAUAGGACAAAAUCUUAGUUUCAUGUCCUCGAGAGCAAAAUUAUUUGUGCUAUGAAGCCACAAAACUCGACCCGCAUAAAAGGAUGAAGCAAGUUUAUUUGCGUUACUUAGGCCUUUAUAGUGGAGUUAUUUGAAUUAGUCAUUCUAAAAGGUGAUGGGACCAAAAGGUUUGGUGGCGCAAAACAUAUGAAACACGCUUGGAUGAAAAACUCCAGCUGCUAAGUAUAAUUCAAUCUAUACAACCAUAGUAGGAUGGAUUUAAUUAUUUUCGGUGUAAACAUUUGCAUUGUCCGUAUAACAUGAAUAAACUCUCGCUGCGCAAGGUUCAACGAUUUCUGAAGGGAAUUUGAACGUCUCGCACAGAAGUAUGAAACGGCAUGCCUUACUUGUUUUGCUUGUAGGAACAAGAUUUCCGACCACAGCCCUCCUGACGGAUCAAAUCCCUGUAAGCCGACUCGCAAGACGUCUUUUAUUUUCCCGAAAUCGCUGUAAUAUCCGAUCAACCCAAUGUAAUUGGCUGUUUAGACACACCUAUCCAGGUAUUUGACCAUUUUAAGAAAGAUCAGACUUGAAGAAAUCAAAAAACCCAAGCGGUGUUAUAAUCCAUCAAAGAUCUAAUUAGGUAACAACUUCGGCAGCUAAUAAGACCUUCAGACAUAACAACAGACGCUGUCCGUUUUUCAAAUGAUUCGAUCCGCUUCGCCAAUCUCAGAUCAUGAUGACAAUGCCGAUAAUGCUUUGCAGGAGGAAUAUGAAAAACUUUUAUCCCAGUUGCGUGUUGCAAAACUUGAGAGAAUUAAAUACAUCAACCAAACAAAUUGCCAAUUGGCAAAAUGCGAGUACUCUAAGUGGCAAAACGAUAUCUUUUAGGAAUGAGUUUAAAUGGCUUCAACAAGAAAAUGAAAAUUUAAGACUUGAACUUUCAAUAAUCGAAAGUGACGAGAACAAGAGAAAAGACGCAAGGCUUCUUGGCGGACUUAAAUCGUCGGCAGAUGCCUACGAAAAGUUGCUCCGCCAAAUGGAACAACAUAAGCAAAUAUCGCUUGCACUAGAUAUUGAUGUAAAUAGCAUUACGAUUCUUAUAUCUUCAGAUCAAAAAAUGCGAAAAUCGUCUGAAAAAGCUUUGCUCGCAAGAAACACUUUCACUUGCUGACCUGGAGGCAAAACUGAAGACUAAAAAGCAAAUCAUUGAAAAUAAAUUAGAGAAAGUGUGUGUGACUUGAAAAUUAUUUUCAGACCAACAAAAACCUCGGGGAGCUUUUAGUAAAGAACAACAGGGAACGUACUAUUAUUGGGAAUAUUCGCAACCAACGUCAUAUAUAUUCCAAGGCACUGGAAAAAUUGCAAAGGACGCUAAAGCAGAUCAAUUUGAACAAGUCAACGUUAAUAAAAGCAGCUCUGGAAGCAUAUGAGCAGAGGUUCGGUUUUUUAAAUAUUUAUGUAUUCAAAGGGAGGAGGCACGCAAAAAGUGCGCAGCUUACAUUGAGAAAAAUGAAAGAGAAAGCUCUCUCUUUGAGAGUGAAAUAAGGGACUUAAGUCGGAAUAUUGACCACGAAAAACAACUAUUUAAAUUUAUGCAAGAGAAGGGAAAGGAAAGAUCGACCGAACUUCCAGAGUCUGCCAAAAUCAAAAAAGGUUUCUACGUUUUUGCUUGCCUCGCAUUGACUAGUUUUCGGGCAGAAAUUGUGAACUUUUCUAACGACAAAUGUAUCAGAAGAUUCUACAAUUAAGUAAAAAACCCAUUUUAAUUAUGCCCAUCAACAUUACUUGACCUACAAGCAUUUCGGACUUUCGAAACCUAAAAGCACUCACUCAAAGGGGGAACUAAAUGACAGUCAUCGGAAUGCCUUUAAUUAUUAUCAGCAAUUAUCAGAUGCAUGCUUGAAUGAAACCUCUCUAUCGAUUAGUUUAAUUUUGGUCAUCUAGCAGCGUUUAUUGCUUUACAUUGAACAUCGCAAACUGUAACCAUUUCUUCAACGAUUCUAUAAGCAUACAACAAGUUCGAAUUUUCUCAAACGUAUUUGGGGUUUAGCCUCCAGAAAAAAAUAAACGGAUACUGUUUAUAGCCUCCAAUUAGGGCCUUACAUGAAGUUUCCAUUGUCAGAAUUUACUUGCUGACAAUUUAGUUAAAAAUAACUAGGAAAUACUUUAGACUACGCUUUGUAAGGGUCGUCUUUGCAUGAGUAGACACUCCUGAUGAGCUACAAACGAGCACGCGUUUUUACAAGCUGUUCGGGAAAACUAACAAAGAGAUUCAUUGUAAAUAUAACCUAGGAUAUGGACAAAUGUGUAAGGCACAGUCCUUGUCGUUUUUUAAAAGAUAACUACAGAAUGAAAUUUGAUUUGCCGACUAGUUAACUGAAUGUCGGUGUAACUUGUAGAGAGGAAGGCGAGGAAUGAAAAACACCUUCAAAUUCAGAAGCUUGCAUCUGAGGAGGAGGCUCUUCACAGAAUCCAGCAGGCUCUUGGGGAAACUAAACUUGAGAAUAUUGUUGAAAAGUUUCGGAAGACACAGGAGGAAAACUAUGCAUUAUUCAAAUAUGUCAAUGAGCAAAAUGCGCAGGUGGGAUAACACAGGAAGUGUUUAUAUUAGUCUCUCAGAUAGAAGAAAUAAAAGAACUUAUCGGCAAAUACAAACAAGAAAAAAAGGAACAGAAAAUAAGCCACAAAACUAUUCUGGAAUCUUUUCACCAGAAAAUGCGCACGUAUGAGGUAAGCUAAAAUGAUGACAAAAUAAGCCUUACUAUUGCAGGCAUUCAUUUUAUAAUUUUUGAGACUAUGCUAUACUUUUGUAUCCUUCAAGCUAAAAUCAUGGCGAAACAGAAGAUGAAGCUACUCUUAUACUUGAUACAAUAGUUCUGUACAAAUUGAAAGUUGUAAUUUCGCAUGCUUCCGAAAAAAAACAUUAAAAUGCUCUUUCUGUAGGCAGUUGCUUUAAAGAAAACAUCUUACAAUAAGAAAAAGUAAAAUUACCAAAGACGUCUUGCGCGUUUGCCCUUUGUCAUAAUGUAAACUUUGCAUAUUUUUUCGGGUGCCAUUUUUCCAUAUUACUAGAUAAAUGCAUGCUAAGCUGAACACCCACCUACUGCCAGAAUGACACAUAAUUCACUAACCUAGGUGCAAUCUACGGAGCAUCCGAUUACCAUAACCGAUAGAAGCGGUGCUAUAAAUGUUUUUAAGUCUUUUUAUGACAAAACGAAAUUCCAAUACCAGCUAGCAGAAAGCAACAGAGGACACUGGAAUGAGAAAUCCAUUUCUAGCUGGUCAUUAAUGGCGCUCAACCUUGUGUUUGCAAUGCUAUGCUUUGCAUGUUCUGCGCCCUAGUCUGUGUUGAUUAAGGAUGGCAGAGGCUGUCAGAAUUAAUGCACGUUUAUAUUGGGGGCAAUCAUAAUAAUCGGUGGGGUCGUCAGUUCAGCACGUUUUACCAGCGUUCAUGGGUCAGUGCAUGGUGUGGAAGAGAAAGAACGCUGAAGAAUGAUGUUUCAAAUUUGCUCACCGCUUAUUCUCUCUUUAGGUGGUAAGCACCCUGACUUUACGCAACCGUUUUACAGUUUCGAAAAUUCCGGCAGAAAAGUAGUACUGUUAGGUUUACAGUGUGGUCGCCGUAAUGUAAACAAUUUUCUAAGUGUCCGAAAGCAAAAGCCCACCAUCUUCUGUUUUGAUCAUUAGAAAUGGAUUUGCUUUAGACUUCCUGAUAGUAAAAUAGUUUUCAACCCACCAGACGUCUUUUUCUACGCAGGAUUUUGCUUGUUAUAGAUGACUGAGAAUUUGCAAAUUGUUCCUUUUUCGUUGCUUGGCGCAACAAACCACACUUUUAUGUGCUAAUGAUAAUAGACGGCGUCAUUGAAUACACCUUUGCACCUUUCUACAAACGAAAUAUCUUAUUUUAAAAUCGGUCACCAACGAUGAGGUCACUGUUAGCAAAUUCGUACUAUUUUCAAUGCACGCUGCAGGUUUAUAAAUACUAGAAGUGAAAUGUUGUAUUUAAUGGGUUAAAAGGGAUUUGCGGGUCCAUUUAACGAAAUAAAAAACACAGGCCCUAACUCUUCCUUUGUGCAACGUUCUCUUGAAAUAAAUGUCGGUGAAAUUCACCGUUUUGAAUAAUUUGCACUUACAGAAAGAAUAUAUCUCAUCAAAGAAAGCGAGAGAAAAUGCAGAACAGAGUCUUCAGGUCGUUCGCGCUGAACUAAAAGUAAUUCUAACGGAGGUCGAAGGUCUCUUUCGUGCUGCUCAGUGUCCAUUGGAGGCUGUUACCGAUCCACUUCUGCCCUCUGAGAUCAAAAUAAGUCAGGAAAAUUUACUGAUAUAUCUAACCGCUGUGGAAAACAGAGUUGAUGACUUGCUAAAGUUGAGAAGUCUUCGAGGAAAGAACGUAAGUGGGACACGUUUCGAUUAAAAUGUCGAGGUACAUGCAACUAUGACUCACCAUUAUAAGAACGAAGUGGGGGUUUUAAGAUUUUAGUUGGAAUUUGCUUCAGAAAUAACUAAAUAUGGUGGAUUGUGCUAUGUAAAUGACUUAACAGGAACAUUUUUAAAAGUUUCAGAUAGUAGUUGUCUUACACAGAAGAAUGCAGAGGAAAACUGUCCAGUUAAAAACGUAUAAAACGACUUGCGCUGAAUGAGACGGUCCUUUUCUUGAUAUUAUGGAAGCGAAAGAUGCAAGCACCAAUACGAAUAGGUAGAUAUGUCUGUGGAUCAUUUAGCCUUCCGUAGGCAUACAUUUAUAAAUUCAUUUCUUAUUAAAGAAAAUCGAAGUUAAGACCCAAAUUGAUUGUUCCCUUUUUAUCUGCAGGACAUUCUCCUGAUUGGUAAAAAUGGCAUGCUCAUAGAAAUUGACAGCAUUUAAACUGUAUUGUGAUGGCAAAAUACUUUACUUUAUACUUUUCUGAGAACAAAUUCCGCGGACUUUACGCCGACUACUCUCUUUCAAACGGCUUUUGUAAUUUGCAAGCAUGGGUUGCAGUUGAUCCAUUAUUGACUAAAACCCCUUGCCUAGAACUGAUUCGCGGGAUGUAUUGGUGGAUACUUUGUAGUACACCCAAUAUUUUGGCGUGCGUUUCCUCACUGUCAUUGCCUUUUCGGAAGUAUGAACUAUUUCAUAAAAACCACAAAAAAUAAGAUAGAUAUUCUAAUGCUUCCUUUUUCAGAAGACAAGUGAUCCUGAGAGCUCACAAGUUUCCGAAAACGAAACGUCCCCUAACCAGAAGACCUACACGUUUUCUGUCCCGUCUGCGCGGUGAGUGUUUAAGCAUAAUGCCGUCUUACCCAGCGCCCAUUUCAUUUAACGUUCUGGAUAACAUAGCUCAAUCGUCCACUUUAUGCAUGAAAUGUUAACCUACCAAAACAGGUCCUAACCGGCAGUUCGACCGUCGUUCCUGACGAUGUCCACCAUUGCAUCCAUAGCAUCUGUCACUCUCUCUACUCCUCCCCCACCUGGAGCCGGUGUCAAGACAGAUUCAAGAAGACUGGAGGCGGGAGAGGACGCAGGUGGAUGCCACGGCCAAGCCCACAUCGUGGCGCUCCAAUCUACACCCCCCGCUCCAUAUAGCAAAUGACUAGGAUUUAAACCAACAACAACAAUGGGGACGGCAGGGGCCCCAAUGUGCGCGGCCAAUGCCGGCAACUGGGACUGCCGCCGCACCCCCCCCCCCCACAUGUUGGCAAUUGUUAUGGUGCGCACUCCGAUAUAACCCCCUUGUUGGUCCAGCGUAUUUAUAACGUAGCCCGUUUUGGGGCACAAAGUCCUACCCACCACUCUGGGCACAUACAAGAAAUGUGACCCAAAUUUCGAUGGAACAUAUGAAUUUGGCUGAAUGGGGGUGCAAAAGUAUUGACAGAAAAAAAAACGAAAAACACGCCUGAUCCGGGAGUAUGUUUCUGCCAUGAUCGGCUUAGAAAUCAUAUCAGGGGACAUACCAAAUGACAUUUUGCCUGACUGCUUGGUAAAGAUAAUGACAAAAAGUUAAGAUGGGGCAAAUGAUCUGCCGAUGAUCUUAGUUUCUCACAGUUUGGUCAUGAGUCAGGAGAAAAUCAACUAAACAAGUACUUGAGAUUUAUUUAGCACCGACGUUUGAUGAAGAAGCAAUGUUCUCUGCUAUCUGCAUGUUGCUGUCAGCUUUACAGUUUGCUACUAAUAGGGUCUUUUGCUGUAGCUACAAAUAUUUAAAUGUUCUGAUUCCGUUCAAAUGGGGGCCGAACCCCAAAGGUCCCUUUUUGAAACCGUCGGUGGUCAAAUCUUCCUAUAUCACGAGACGUGUGCAUUUCUUCUGAAGGUUAUUUCAAUGAUUUCUGUCGAAGGUUCCAUCAAUCACAGUCCUUGUUUUGAUGGACUUCCGGGCACGACGCUGUCCCAGUUACUCACCUGUUCCUGAGCGACGAAACAUUUCCUGUAUUCUCGACGUGGCCGCAAGUAGUUGCUCUUCUGUCAUAUUGCAUCUCUAAAAGAGAUUUGUUCGGCAGAGAACUAACAGUUCUCCCGGCCCUGUGAACAGCACAUUUUCAAAUCGUCUAUUGCUAUCUCUUACGGUAGUGGUUUGUAACUGAAUAAAUCGAAUAAUAUUAUUCUUCCCAGUGAACAGUCAACACAAACAUUUUAACAUUUCAGCACGGACGCAGGAGCCAUAUCAGAUGACUCUGGGGCCGAUCUUCGACUUCUGACACACGAGGAGAUAAAGCAAAUAAUUAUCAAGAGCUGA